AUGAAAACUCUACUCUUCUUUCUCUGUUUGGCUACGGUUACUGGUACCGCAACAGCUGACGGUUUGUCCGACGAUGACCGUACUUUUGUCCUCGACUAUCACAAUAACUAUAGACGUACGGUAGCUUUAGGACAACAAGCUGGUGCUAAUGGUAACUUGCCAACGGCCGCGAACAUGUUGGAGUUUGAGUACGAUACUGCCAUUGAAGCUGAUGCUCAAGCAUGGGCUAACAACUGUAGUUUUGGCUACACAACUUAUUCUGGGGGCCAAAAUCUGAUUCUUUAUGAAACCAGUAGCAGUGGCACUCAAAAUUACUCUGCCCUUCUCAAAGCUGCUGUUGAUGAAUUUUUUGGACAGGUCACGAGCUUUAACAUCAGCUACGUUGAUGACUAUUCUUCUAGUGCUGGGUCAAUGUUUUCCCAAGUGAGGAUUAUUUCGAAGUUUUAAAAUUAUUUAAAAAUUUUUUAAAUUUUAAAGAUAUAUAUUUUAGGUUAUUUGGGCUAAUACCUCGAGCAUCGGUUGUGGAGUACAAUCCUGUCCUAACCUAGAUUCUUCGUCUUCUUUCUACGCUUACAUCGUCGUAUGUUUCUACCAGAGUGCCGGUGAUACUACAGGCCAACCAAUCUAUGCUCAAGGUGAAUCUUGUUCUCAAUGUCCUAGCGGAAGAGUUUGUGACAAUGGAUUGUGCGCAUUAAGUUCUGAGACCACAAUUUCAACCACUACUCCUACCACCACUAUUACUACGACUGUUCCAGCCAUUCCUACCACAAAUUCAGCCGCCGGAUCUGGAAACGGAUUGUCGGACGAUGACCGUACUUUUGUCCUCAACUACCACAAUAACUACAGACGUACGGUAGCUUUAGGACAACAAGCUGGUGCUAAUGGUAACUUGCCAACGGCCGCCAACAUGUUGGAGUUUGAGUACGAUACUGUCAUUGAAGCUGAUGCUCAAGCCUGGGCUAACAACUGUAGUUUUGGCUACACAACUUAUUCUGGAGGCCAAAAUAUGAUUCUUUAUGAAACCAGUAGCAGUGGUACUCAAAAUUACUCUGCCCUUCUCAAAGCUGCUGUUGAUGAAUUUUUUGGACAGGUCACGAGCUUUAACAUCAGCUACGUUGAUGACUAUUCUUCCACGGCUGGGUCAAUGUUUUCUCAAGUAAGAAUUAUUUUAAAGUUUCGAAAUUGUUAAAAAAUUUUUAAAACUUGUGAAAAUAUGUUUUUUAGGUGAUUUGGGCUGAAACCUCCAGCAUCGGUUGUGGAAUACAAUCCUGUCCCAAUCUAGAUUCUUCUUCUUCUUUCUACGCUUACAUCGUCGUAUGUUUCUACCAGACUGCCGGUGAUACUACAGGCCAGCCAAUCUAUAUUCAAGGUGAUACUUGUUCCCAAUGUCCUAACGGCAGAGUUUGCGACAAUGGCUUGUGCGCUGCUUCCAAUACAACUGCUGCUACAACAACAGGCACUACUGCCGCUUCAACUGCUCCUACUACAACUUCUGCUCCUGGAUCUGGAGCUGGAUUGUCUGCUGAUGAACGUACUUUUGUUGUCAACUACCAUAACAACUACAGACGUACUGUAGCAUUAGGACAACAAGCUGGUGAGAAUGGUAAUUUGCCACAAGCAGCCAACAUGUACGAGUUUACAUAUGAUACUAGUCUUGAAAACCUUGCCCAAGCCUGGGCUAACAAUUGCACUUUGGGAGGCGGUGGAUACGGUGCUGUAGGCCAAAACAGCGUUGUUUAUGGCUUUGGCGGUGAGCCCGGUAUUAACAAUACUUAUGUUUUGCAACUUUCGAUUGAUGGCUGGUUCAGUGAAGUCGAUUCCUUCAAUGUCAGCACGGUCGGCAACUAUCAAGGACAAAGCUCAACGUUUACUCAAGUAAGUCAUUCUUCACUGUUUAAACCUAUAAUUAACCGUAAGUUAACGCUGCGAAGUGAAGCUUAAAAGUUAUAAAACUACUUUUGUUCUUAAGUUAUUUAAAUUCAUUUUAGAUGAUCUGGGCCACUACCUACAGUGUUGGAUGUGGAGUAAAGCAAUGCGCCACCUUCACCAACCUGGAUUCUGGUUGGGACAAUGGAUUCAUCAUUGUUUGUGAUUAUGAACUCGUUGGUAACAAUCAAGGCAUGCCAAUCUAUAUUGAAGGUGACGCAUGUUCUCAAUGCCCAGAUGACAGAAUUUGUGACAAUGGAUUGUGUGCUAUGGAUCCCAACUCCACCGCUCAGCCAGGCGAUGAUGAAUGUGAAGUUUGA